UCCCCACUCACUCCCACAACCGUCUUCCUUCAUUUAUUAUUCCAAUCAUCUUCCUUUCUCACCCUCUUUCCCUCUAGCCUUAACUUCUAGCUCUUUCAUGUCACAUACAACUAUUCCGAAUUUAAGUAAGUUUUAGUCGCAUUUAAGACUUUUCAUCCUCUUUUAAACGUAUCGUUAUUAUAGUAUCAUGACCGAACCUGAAAGUUCUAUCUAUCUCAUAAGUGUAUUGUGUCGGGAUCGAAUCUACCUGAGAGCUUUUUCCGCACGAGUCAGCUGCUUUCCCAAGCGUACCACCAAGCCUUAAUAAAAUAAUACAUCCGCAAAUCCCAACUAAUAAAUAUUUUAUUAAUAUUAUUAUUAUUAUUAUAGUUAACUGGUUUGUGGAGAACACGGAGAAAACGUCGAUCGGACUUCAUCUCCGAUGGCGAUUUCCGAAGACUCUGAAUCUCUAUUCGCCGCCGCCGCCGCUUCCUCCGUCAUCCAAAGCGGCUCUUCCGUACGCCGCAGGCCCAGCGCUAUCUCCGCCGUCGCGACAGUCGAAGACGAGAGUUCGAGUGAAGAGCCGGUGCCGGUGAGGGAUUCUGGUUCCGACGUCGACGACUCCGUAAGCAGCGAGCAACACGUCUCCCCCGCCACCGCCAAUCGAGAGAAGAAUCAGGUGCAUGACAUCUCAGCCACCAAAUUCGCCUACCGUCCUUCCGCCCCCGCUCAUCGCAGAGUCAAGGAGAGCCCCCUCAGCUCCGACAACAUUUUCCGUCAGAUGCAGAGUCAUGCGGGUCUCUUCAACCUUUGUAUAGUUGUGCUUGUUGCAGUGAAUAGCAGACUUAUCAUUGAGAAUUUGAUGAAGUAUGGUUGGUUGAUUAGGACUGGCUUUUGGUUUAGUUCAAAAUCAUUGAGGGAUUGGCCACUCUUCAUGUGUUGUCUCAGUCUUGCAAUAUUUCCUUUUGCCGCCUUUGUAGUCGAGAAGUUGGUGCAACAGAAGUGUAUUUCUGAACCAGUGGUUGUUGUUCUUCAUAUAUUCAUUUCAACAGCUGCAGUUGUCUAUCCAGUUUUAGUAAUCCUCAGGACUGAUUCUGCUUUUCCAUCAGGCGUCACAUUAAUGUUAUUUGCUUGCAUUGUAUGGCUAAAACUGGUGUCUUAUGCACAUACGAACUAUGAUAUGAGAGAACUUACCAAAUCAAUUGAAAAGGGAGAAGCACUUCCCAAUACUCUGAAUAUGGACUAUUCUUAUGAUGUGAGCUUCAAGAGCUUGGCAUACUUUAUGAUUGCUCCUACAUUAUGUUACCAGCCAAGAUAUCCUCGCAGUCCUUCUAUCCGGAAAGGUUGGGUGCUUCGUCAACUUGUCAAGCUGAUAAUAUUUACAGGAGUAAUGGGAUUUAUAAUAGAACAAUAUAUUAAUCCUAUAGUUCAAAAUUCACAGCAUCCUUUGAAGGGAAACCUACUAUAUGCCAUUGAAAGAGUUCUGAAGCUGUCUGUUCCAAACUUAUAUGUGUGGCUCUGCAUGUUCUACUGCUUUUUCCACCUUUGGUUAAAUAUUCUCGCAGAGCUUCUUAGAUUUGGUGAUCGCGAGUUCUACAAGGAUUGGUGGAAUGCCAAAACUUUUGAAGAGUAUUGGAGGAUGUGGAAUAUGCCUGUUCACAAAUGGAUGAUCCGACACCUAUAUUUUCCAUGUUUAAGAAAUGGUAUACCCAAGGGUGUUGCUAUUUUAAUUGCCUUCCUGGUUUCUGCAUUGUUCCAUGAGCUGUGCAUUGCUGUUCCUUGCCACAUUUUCAAGUUGUGGGCUUUUGGUGGAAUUAUGUUUCAGGUUCCUUUGAUCUUGAUAACAAAUUAUCUGCAAAAUAAGUUCAGAAACUCAAUGGUUGGAAACAUGAUUUUUUGGUUCAUAUUCAGUAUUCUUGGUCAACCAAUGGCCGUACUGCUAUACUACCACGAUUUGAUGAAUCGGAAAAGCAAACUUGACCAAAGCUAGCAUUAACACUUAACAGUCUUCAGUUUCCAGGGAGUAGAAUAUAUGUGCAUACAUCAGUCAAUAUUGUUUUCUUCCAUUCCAAUAGUGUUACAAUGGCAGUGGUUGCUCUGGGCCAAGGAUAUUCCACGUGAUAUGCCACUCCAAUUCAUCCUCAUCUAAUGUACUUAUUAACUCAAUCCAAUUGUAUCAAUAUGCAAAUUUUGAAAGCAAUGCAUUGGCAUUGAUAAGUGUCAACAACAACAGUGUAACGUGUUUACUGCUAAAUGUUAGUUAGAAGAGGGACAGUUGUAAAUUGUUUAUGUUCAACAUAUUUAUUCCUUUCUAGUUAGGAAGUUCCACUGAUAAAUGAACAUUUUGUUACUGCCUGUUGAACAUCAUGAACGAGGGGAAAUGCUUGGGAAGUUGAAAAAGGGUACGUUGCUUGAAGAUGGGAGGAAAUUUGCAUCGGGACACAUUACGUUUGUUUGUGCUGUUUGUGACAACAAUCUAAUACAAAUAUGUCAUAUGAUAUAUAACAUAAAUCCGAUAGUACUAAUAUACAUUUGUCGUGUCUU